CUGACUGACCCGAGGGCGUGGUCGGCCGCCACCACCACCACCACCACCCCAUGCACGCAUAUAUGCAAGCAUGCAUGCUCUCUCUCUCUCUCUCACUCUCUUACCCAUCCAUAUCCAUAAAGCCGCUGCACGCAUGUACGUACGUCUCGCGGAACAUGCCAGCGUCCAGCUUACACGCAGUUCAACCCACCGCCGCCAUAAGCCUACCUAGCCUUUUGUUGCUUCGGGCCUUUUGCAUGGCGCGCGCGCGCAGAGUAGGGUCGACAAAAGGCGCUCGCAUAAAUUGCAUGCACGGAGUGGACUACCAUGCGGAUGCUUGCAGCUACAGUAUUAAUUACUACUGCUGCUUUGCUUGCGGUGGUGUAACACAGACAACGCCUCCUCACGGGCGCAGCCGCCGCAGCAUGGUUGCCUUGUCAGACAGGCGGCUUGUAUCACGCACUCACGCACCACGAUCCAGCGACAACAACAACAAAAACAAAAACAUCAAAAACGCCCUGAGAGAUAUUUUUGCCCCCCCCCCGGCGCGGCGCCCGAGGAGGGUAACGCUGGGUGGCUGGGUGGCUGGGUGGCCCCAAAGUAGCGCCCGGGCAUCGGCUGCGGCCACUGGUGAAAGGCGGACUGGAUGUAAGGUCUCGGACCAAACGUGCAUUGCAUGUAUGUAGACAGACAGACAGACAGACAGAC